AUGGAUUCUAGCAAUAUCAUGCAAAUGCAGAUGAACGGGGAAGGAUUUGGCACACCCAUUAAGAAAGCAAGUGUUCCUCUCUCCUGUUUGUCUUUUACACCUGAAUGCGAAGAUAAUUUGAAGCCUAAAUUGGGGAUGACAUUUGAAGGACUAGAGGCCGUGGAGAAGUUCUACAAGAACUAUGCACAUGGAUCUGGUUUUGGAGUUCGUGUUGGACAGCAAAAGAAGUUAGACAAAGAGGUAAUUCGCACUAAACGAUACAUGUGUAAUAGGGAAGGAUUCAAGUCUGAGAAAGGUAAAGAGGUUGCUGGGCCAUCAAAGAAAAUGCGUAAGAACACGGCGACAAGAUGUGGUUGUGAUGCACAUAUCUUUGUGAAGUUGUGUGGUAAUGAUACCUACAAGAUAGAGUCAUGGGUUGAGCAGCACAAUCAUGGUCUUGUGUCACCUGAUAAGCGUCAUUUGAUUAGAUCAAAUCGUCAAGUUAGUGAGAGGGCAAAGAAUGCAUUGUACACAUGUCACAAAGCAAGCAUAGGCACCUGCCAGGCUUACAGGCUCCUCCAAGUCAGUGAAGGCGGGAUUGAUGGUGUUGGAUGCACAAAGAGAGACUUCCAAAACUACUAUCGUGAUCUCAGAUAUAAAAUCAGGAAUGCAGAUGCGCAAAUGUUUGUUGCCCAACUAGCUAGAAAGAAAGAAGUUAAUUCAGCAUUCUUCUAUGAUUUUGAAGUGAGUGAUGAAGGAAACUUGAUGUACGUGUUUUGGGCAGAUGCCACAAGUAGGAAGAACUACAAACACUUUGGUCGCGUGGUCUCGUUCGACUCUACCUACACUACAAACCGUUAUGACAUGAUAUUUGCACCAUUUACAGGGGUUAACCAUCAUUUACAAAGUGUGUUUUUUGGUGCUGCAUUCUUACUAAAUGAGCAGGAGGAGUCAUAUGUUUGGUUGUUUAAGACCUUCCUGAAGGCAAUGGGAGGCGAAGCGCCAGGACUCAUCAUAACCGAUGAAGCUCGUAGCAUUAAAAAUGCAAUUGAUAUAGUUUUUCCAGGCAUAAUACACAGAUUGUGCAUGUGGCAUAUAAUGGAUAAACUUCCAGAGAAAGUCGGGCCGGUGAUCAGAGAAGAACCUGAAUUCUGGAAGAGGAUGAACGCAUGUGUAUGGGGUUCAGAAACUCCAGCCGAGUUUGAGUCAGAGUGGAAUUCCGUAAUUUCAGACUUUGGUUUGAAGGAUAAUGAGUGGUUUACAAAAAGGUUCAGCCUUCGUGAGUCAUGGAUACCGGCCUACUUUAUGGACAUAUCACUGGCAGGCAUUCUCCGAACAACUUCAAGGUCGGAAAGUGCAAAUUCAUUUUUUAACCGUUUCAUUCAUCGCAAGCUCACCCUUGUUGAGUUCUGGCUAAGGUUUGACACAGCUUUAGAAUGCCAACGCCAAGAGGAGUUGAUAGCGGACAACUCAAGCAUCCAUAGGACCCCUCAAUUAGUGACACCAUGGGAAAUUGAGAAACAAGGUAGUGAAGUAUUCACAUAUGAGGUAUUUGAGAAAUUUCAGAAACAAAUUAUUGCUGCCAGGGACCAUUGUUGUGUUCAAAGCAUUACACAAGAUGAGGGAAUAAAAAUAGUAACCUUCAGGACCGGUGCUAGCAAGAUAAGGGAGGUCCGUUGUGACAUAGCAAACAUGAUAGCUAAUUGUUCAUGCAAGUUAUUUGAGUCCCAUGGAAUUCCAUGCCGCCAUAUUAUCCAGGUGAUGAGGAUGGAAAAUCAAGAGGAGCUUCCCACCUUCUAUAUUAUGGAAAGAUGGCAGAAAAGGUGUAAAAGAGAAAGUGUUUACGAUGUUCAGGGUAAUCUUCUAGAAGAGAAGCCCGCGGACUGUUUGGAUGCGGCUGCAAGGAAGAAGAUUUCAACACUACGCAACAAGUUGGAAGAUUUUAUCCAAACAGCCAAACAAUCGGAUGAAGGCAUGGACUUUUUAUUAUCAAGUGUGUUGAGCAUUGAGGAGCCUCUAAGGCAAAAGGUUCCUGCUGCGGUCAAGCACACUAGGCAAGAGGAAUACGAGGCUUUUAUUGGUUGCAACAUUCCUAAUGAAAUCAACAUACACCCGCCAAACGAUGUCCGUUCGGUAGGGAGAAGUAAAAGAAUAAAGAGAGGAAAUGAGAUGUAUGUUGAAGAACAGAAAAAGAAGAAGAAAGAAGUCAAGCCCAAGGUCGCACGCAUGUGCAGAACGUGCAACACGCUAGGAUUUCAUGAUAGUCGCAAAUGCCCAAGCAAAAAUGUUCAAGAAAAAGAAAUAAAUGUGCAAGACAUGCAUACUGAUGGUGCAUCAUGA